UUUACGGUUUGCAGCUUAUAAACACAUAGAACGCUUACAGUCCCGUCUCUCUGCAUGUUGGCUGUUGUCUUCGUACAGUUGAAGUGUUUAUUAUCAUUAAUAGUAAACGAUGUUUUAUCUCGUCACUUCAAACAACCACAAUGUACGUGUUCGGCUGUAGCUUUACAACCAAGCUAAGUUGCGCUAGCCUAUUGAUGUUUUGGGUGAGUGUCACAAAGUAUGCAUUCGUGAAGACUGUUUAAUCUAAUCCACCAAAAAGUCAAACUGUUGCCUACUAUAAGAGAUGCUGAAGUUUACAUGCAGCUAGCCUAUAUUAAUAUGGGGAACAUCUAAAGAUGUUACGUUGACGUAAGCGUCUGUUUUAGUAUUCUGGAGAUCACAACAGGGGGAACGUGCGGUCUGGUCUUACAGUUCGUUGCACACCAGACAGUAUACGUGAUACCAAAUAAAAGCAUCGUUUUAUUCGCAAAUAAAAUGUUUAAAUUAUUUCAAAGACUUGUUUGGAUAUACCUUUGUGUCACCGUGUCAAGCCGUUCCUGUUUUUGAUUGCAGUUUAAUGGCCAUUUAAAUGUUAGGCUUGAAGCUUCAUGCACUUGAUGCGUUUGUAAAACCGUAACGUCAAAAUCAUAGGGUUAGCAACCUGAAAAUGUGUCCACCUAAAGGGCAAAGAUGUGCAUCGAAACAGACCUUUUGAUCUCUUUGUAACGAUUACUUAUUCUCAUGAUUGGGAAAACACCUAUUGUCUCCGAAGACUAGAAAUGAAAGAACCAUAGGCUAUUGGGGAGCAGGGAAUUGAAAUCAUUGAAUGCAGAUGCCCCGCGCGCUCGAAUUGUUAUUUAGCCUAGAUGAGUGUUUCGAGAGAGCGAGAGAACGGCAAUAUGUUAAAUUAUGACGCCCUCAAGCUGCGGUCAUUUACUAUAAACGAUUCACGUGGGUUAAUUAGUGUCUUCUGUAAAGUCACCAAUUGAAAUAGCUUUUCAAACAGUGGGAGUUCUGAUGGAGAGAUCAUUUUGUCGGUUUGCUCUCUCCUUUCCCGAUAAGCCCUGUACUUUUGUAUUUGCUUUUAUUGUCCGAGCUGAAGGUCCCCUUUAGUAUUAUAGCCUUAUCUCAUUUACAAAGAUUACUGAACAAGCACCGACCAGGGGUGGGAGUUGGAGGACAGCCCCAUGUGUUGGUUUGGCGGAUUUCGGAGACGUUAUGGAUUUGACUAAAAUGGGUAUGAUCCAACUCCAGAACCCGAGCCACCCCACGGCACUCCUGCAGAAGGCCAACCAGAUGCGCCUGGCAGGAACGCUGUGCGACGUGGUCAUCAUGGUGGACAGCCACGAGUUCCACGCCCACCGGACCGUGCUGGCCUGCACCAGCAAGAUGUUUGAGAUCCUGUUCCACCGCAACAGCCAGCACUACACCCUGGACUUCCUCUCGCCAAAGACCUUCCAGCAGAUCCUGGAGUAUGCCUACACUGCCACGCUCCAGGCCAAAGUGGAGGACCUGGACGACCUGCUGUACGCGGCCGAGAUCCUGGAGAUAGAGUACCUGGAAGAGCAGUGUCUCAAGAUCCUGGAGACCAUCCAGUCCUCGGACGAGAACGACACGGAGGUCAGCAUGCACGACGGCGGCGGCGGCGAGGACGACGACGACCGCAAGGCCCGACACGGGAAGAACGCGCUGAUGUCCAAGAAGCACCAUUCCAUGGAGGAGGGCGGCUACGCGGCCUCCGCCCAGCAGGGCCCGGGCCUGGCCGGCAUGGUGGAGCAGAGCCCCUCCGUGUCCACCUCCUUCAGCCUCUCCACCAUGUCCCCCACCAAGGCGGCGGUGGACAGCCUCAUGAGCAUCGGCCAGUCCCUGCUGCAGGCCGGCAUGCAGCACAGCGCCAGCGGGGACCUGCUGGCCCAGGGCAACCCCCAGCCGCUGCUGGCCGAGGUGAAGACGGAGAUGAUGCAGGUGGACGAGGCGGGGGGGCGGGAGAGCCCCCGCGCCGCGGAGUCGGGGGGCUCCUCCAGCAACGGGGACAGGGGCGGGGACCCGGACAGGAACCGGGACGGCCCGGGCACCCCCACCAGGAGCAGCGUGAUCACCAGCGCCCGCGAGCUGCACUACGCCCGGGACGAGGGCGCGGGCGGCGACCCGCAGGGCGAGGCGGGCCCCAUGGGGCUGGAGGGCCUGGGCGUGGGACCGGGCGGCCUGACGGAAAAGCACCUGGCCUCCCUCUACGGCGUGCCCGCCAACCACAAGAGCGAGGCGGCGCUGUCCAUGCCCGGCUCGGUGGCCUCGUCCCUCGCCAUGCCCCCGGGCCUGGCCAUGUCCAUGGACUUCAGUGCCUACGGGGCGCUCCUGCCCCAGAGCUUCAUCCAGAGAGAGUUCUUCAGCAAGCUCGGCGAGCUGGCCAGCGGCAUCAAGACGGACGGCCGGGGCCAGAACGAGCGGUGCAACGUGUGCGGCGUGGAGAUGCCGGACAACGACACCGUGGAGCAGCACAGGAAGCUUCACAGCGGGAUGAAGACCUACGGAUGCGAUCUGUGUGGUAAACACUUCCUGGACAGCCUGCGCCUGAGGAUGCACUUGCUGUCUCACUCGGCUGACGCCAAGUCCAUCGUCUGCGACCAGUGUGGCGCUCAGUUCCCCAAGGAGGACGCCCUGGAGGCCCACAGGCAGAUACACACAGGUUCAGACAUGGCUAUCUUCUGCCUGCUGUGUGGUAAGCGCUUCCAGACGCAGACGGCUCUGCAGCAGCACAUGGAGGUCCACGCCGGCGUGCGCAGCUACAUCUGCAGCGAGUGCAACCGCACCUUCCCCAGCCACACCGCCCUCAAGCGCCACCUCCGCUCCCACACGGGUGACCACCCGUUCGAGUGCGAGUUCUGCGGGAGCUGUUUCCGCGACGAGAGCACGCUGAAGGGCCACAAGCGCAUCCACACCGGGGAGAAGCCCUACGAGUGCAACGGCUGCGGCAAGAAGUUCAGCCUCAAGCACCAGCUGGAGACGCACUACCGCGUGCACACAGGAGAGAAGCCCUUCGAGUGCAAGCUGUGCCACCAGCGGUCGCGGGACUACUCGGCCAUGAUCAAGCACCUGCGCACCCACAACGGGGCCUCGCCCUACCAGUGCACCAUCUGCCUGGAGUACUGCCCCAGCCUGUCGGCCAUGCAGAAGCACAUGAAGGGCCACAAGCCCGAGGACAUCCCGCCCGACUGGAGGAUAGAGAAGACCUACCUGUACCUGUGCUACGUCUGAGCGGGGGGCGGGGGGCGGGGCGGGGCGGGCGGGGCGCCGUGGGAAAGCGGGGACACGGAAGGGCACGAACCAGGAGGGAAAAAAAAAACGGGAAUCCGCGAGAAAAGAGAAACAGAGAAACGGUACCAGGAAGAACAGCCCCUUCAGAUACAGGAAAGGAGGAAGAGAGGAGGUGUGGUUGCUGAAGGGCUGGGCAAGGCAAAGAGAGGGAGGGAGGGAGGAUGAGUAGAGAAGGCAGUGGGAGAGGAGGUGCUUUUGGGGGGGGGGGGGACCCUGUAAUGUUUUAUACUCUAUGGGGUAUGUCUGCAUUAGACUGGAAUCAGACCUGAAUCCCUCCCUCACCACCACAGUCCUUUGAAGAGGUGUUGUUGUCGAAUCCCUCGUUCUGUGCAGUGGUGAAACCGAGGGGCCGGGGGGCGCUAUGGGGGCCGAUUCUAAUCUUCCAAGUGUUAGAUUCUGGGAGACCAGAGACCGCCUCUUCCUGAUUGGUGAUUUCCUCCCCCUCUCCCCCUUUCUCCGUGGUACCUUCUAGAAACCCAUCAAAGGCUCCAUUUUCCCUGAACACACGCCCCCUCUCGCAGAUUAAAUGUUAAACGUACACUCCCCCCUCAGGUGCAGCCUGACGAGGGUGCACAGAGCACUUAGAGCCGUUGCAAAUGGCCUGGGCCAAGAUGUUCUCACAGAAACAAAAGAAAAAGAAAAAAAAGCAUCCUUCAUUUGGCUUGGCUCUACGUAGCCAGGCGCGCCACUGAGUACGUUUUGGAAUAGGGGCAAGACCGGAUAUCUUCAGUGGCGAUUUCUAGUGGCCAACCAUGUGAGCGCAUGGGGGUCGAAGGUCGGAUGCCUGUUAAUUGACAAAAAAGAAAACUGACUAAAGAAGAUAAAGUUUAGUGUUCAGGAAGGAGACCCUAAGAACCCUGAGUGAAAUAAAGGAUAGCUCUGUUUUGAUAUUAAUCAUAUUCCUGCCUAACAAGUGAACAGGGAUAUGGAGAUAUCGCUCUCUCUUUAUAUGUGCGUGUGUGUGUCUAUACAUAUAUAUAUAUACACGCACACGCACACACGCAUACAUACGUACAUGCUCACUUACAGAAUGAUCUAUUAACUAUAUCUUCAAAUCUCACAACUUCCACAUACUGUACACCUUACCACGGAGGACAUGUUUUUUUUGACACUUGACAAGGGCUUAUCUGGAAAACGGAGUCGCCCCUAGGGGGGGGAAUUGUGAUUUCAGACAAGGAGUCCACACUGCAGUAUGUCAUUUCUUUCUUUCCAUCUUUUCUGGUGUAUCAUAGUAAAGUAUAUUAUCAUGGAUCAUUGCACAGUAUACACAUAUAACGUUGACAGUCUCUGUUUGGUGUUUCUGUCUGAAGCUGUCGGGUAGCUCACCGCUACCUUCUUUUUAAAGAGGACGUCUCGUACGUAGAUUUUGAAGUUUCCGGUUUUUGCAUUUUUCCCCAUAUUGCGCGUAGUCUGCUAUUCAUUUGAAUUUCCGUCAUUGCUUACUGGGGUUUAAUCUAUAUCAGUGAUAGUGAUAUACAUGAAUUAUGCCAAUAAGUCAGAGACCAAAAUGGCUACAAUUGCCAUAUCAUGUUUGCUCUGAAACAUUGUGACACUUGACAAUGUGUAAGAAGUAUUUGUAACCACAUAUCUACAUGGUAAGUGUUUCAGACGUGUUUGAUUGACAGCGCAAGGUAUUUGUCUGCCCAGCCCCUCCCCCGCCUGGUGGUCAGAGACGCAUGAAGAAGCAAACUCUUCAUAAUUUCGUUUUCUUCCGUUGCUUUGUGUGCAUUUCUUAUUUUAAGACACGUUGUACUUGAAUUACCUCUUUUUUGUGACCUCAUGGGCUUAUUUUUAUUUUCCUUUAUUGUUAAUCUUUUAUUUCCUUUUUAAUUUGCGCAUUUGAAAGCUGUGUUUGCAAGAGGGUGAGGUGGAAAGUUGAUAUAUACUGGGGAAUUAAGGAGUUAAGUGCCACAGUGAGAAUAGCAUUCUUUUGUUUGUUUUUUUUUUUUUCAUCAUUGUAUAUUUUGUGCGUUAUUCUUACCAAAUUUGGUAUUUUUUAAUUAACCCUGCUUUUUAAAGAGCCAGGGUAUUGGUCAUUGUUGUAAAAGCUACCUCUAAGUUUUUUUUGUUUUUUUGGGUUUUUUUUUGUAUGGAAAAGCACAUUUUGUUUAAUUUGUGUUUUGCAUUGUGUCAUUAUGGCAACUUCAUCUCAUGCUUUAUCUUUGUGUUGUUUUUUUCCUGCAUUUUUUUUGUGUCUGUUAACGAUGUUAUAAAGGGUCAGGAAAGGUAGUGGUUGGUAAGGAAAAAAGGAAAAUCGUUUUUUUUUCUUUCCGUGUAUUGGCCCCUCCUUCCCUUUUAACUUAACGGUGGAAAAGAUUUUGAAGCCUUAAAGCGCGGGACGGGGUUGACCUGGGAGGCAUUUGGGACGGGGUUGACCUGGGAGGCAUUUGUUGAAGUAAAAGUCUCGUACUUUGAAGAGAGUUGGGAAAAAAAAAAUGUUAAACUUGAAAAAUAUGUGAAUAGAGUUGUAGUUUUGUAAUGUGAAAAAAAAGGUUUAUUAAUACUGAACCACCAAGAGCAGGUCAUAUAUGCAGUGAUGAUGAGUGCGUUGGACAAUUGGGACUGCAAGUGGUAAUUAAAGAAAAACAAAAAGAAUAAAAGAAAGAUGCUGUUGGUCAAUAGUGUUUUCUGGACAUCAGCAUAUUCCCGGACAGGAGCCCACAGAGGCAGUUUGAUAUAUAAAAUUGUGAUAUUUUUGUAUUAGGUGUCAGUCCCCUUCCAUUUGUCGAGUUUUGAGCAGGGCAAAGUUUGUAUCUUUUUUUUUUUUUUUUUUUUUUUUAAACUUGUUUGACUUUGUUUGCCCUGUGCCUCCUUUUGUAAUGUUGGGACAUAAAUGUGUGUUAAGAUGUAGUGCUAAGUGUUGCUUUUCUGGAUGUCAAUGCAUUGUAGGCGAAGGACUAAAUCUAUCAUGCCACAAAAUCCAUGUGUUAACGAAAAUUCAGUUAGGAGAAGGGUGCCGCCAGCGAUCAAUUAUAUUUUUACAAACAACUUUUCAAUCAAAUGUAUUGCAAACAUCUUUUACUUGAAAUGAAUUAUAAAAAAAAAGAAAACAAGGGAUAAUGAGAAACAGGCGCAGUGAGCGCUUGUCUCAUCUCUUAACUUGGUAUUCUGAACACUGAAAACACUGUGAAUUGAGGGUUUCCCUCUGGAGAUGUUAAUCAAAUGCAAAUAACUAAUUCUGGAAGACAGAAAAGUUUCUCUUUUUUUAUUUACUAAUAUGAGUUGCAGAUGAAAGCCAGAGGAUUCUUUAUUUUUUUAAAUCAAAUCACACUAAAGACAGACUAUGAGAGGGAUUCUGUCGGCAGGAUUUAUUUAUUUUUUUUCCCGGAGUGUUCGUUCAGAAACGCUCGCUCGCUGCGCUUACUGCUUUUGUGUCAUUGAUUUUGCGUGCUUGUGCCGAGCAGUGUGUGUAAGUUGCGUGCGUACCCCUUUGUGCGUGUCGCUGUUUGUGCUUACGUGUGUGUGUGUGUGUGUGUGUGCGCGCGCGCGUGUUUGAGACAAAUGCACUAAUUAGAUACAAAAGGAAAUAGCGUUCUAUGCCACUUUUCUCUGGACGCGCUACGGCUUACAUUGGCAUUGAUAUAGUUCUUCCCACAAUGCUCCUCUGAUGUAUCUGUACUCUCUUUGUGCCUAAAAUGAAAAUGUUCUACAAAAAAUGUCCAUUUAUAUCUACUUAGUUUCUGUAUUUUCAAAGAAAAUAAAUGGUUGUCACCAGACUGCCAGGGAUGUCUUGAUGGCCUGACGAGGUUUAGGCAACUUUUGUUUUUAUUUUUUGUUUUGUUUUUUUUUUUGUUUUUUUAAAUGAACUGAUUUAAGGAAGCAUUCCUACUGUAUUUCGUUAAGAAAGGAUGAGUAUUUUAUAAUGAUUGAGGGGAAUGGAAUAGUUUAUUGGGUAAACCUUCCAUUAUGACUGUGAUUUGCUUUCUCACGUAAUGAGUUUCCCCAGGUCAUCGCUGUGAAGGACAAAACCGGUUCUUUCAGGUGAUCUCCCUGGUUAAAUAAAACUUAAAUUUGUAGUGACUAACAACCCAAAGAAAAGUCAAAUGACAUCUCUAAAAUGUAUGCUCUAGUAUGCAUAAAUACCUUUUUUAAAAGUAGAGAGAAGAAAAAAGGUACAUUAAUUGUCCGACAAUAGAUACAGUUAACAUUCCUGACCAUGAAAGAGGUAUGCAUUUCUAUCGAUAAAUGGGUUGUUUGAAACACUUUGUGCAUUUGACAAAACACUGAGAAAUUUUUGUUGAUGUUACUGUCAGCAUCAGGUUUGUUGACAAACAAAAUGGAGAGGAAAAAAACCACUCAUUUUCCGGAGAAAUCCAUAUUUUUUCAUAUUUUUUUUGCAGGGUUUAGGGCGCGACAUGCCGCUACUGGUUGGUACCCACACUUGUGUGUGCAAGUUGCUUGUGUCGUGACUGUGUGUUCAAUGGAAAAUGAAAAAAAAUAAAAAUAAGCGACAGCAGUGUGGUUUGUGUCGUCAUGGCAUCCCUGCAGCUGGACCACUGUGCUCCCAUGUGGUGUUCUAGAACGAGUAGCCAUUUCAUGCAGUGUUGACAUGCAUGUGCCAUCGAGGUCUAUAACUAAACUGUUUUUUGAGUAACAAAGCACCAAGACAUUCUGUCUUUUUUAUAUCAGCACUGAGGACCAAUUGCCCUGUCGGACCAAGUAUAACAAGCUUUUUAUUGUAACAAAGCUUUUCUCAUUUUUGUCGUUUGAUUUUUAUUUUUUAUUUUUUUUGGCUUGUCCGUGAUUUUUUUUUUUUUUUUUCCUUGUUGUGACAGCACAAGUGCCAGUCCAGUUGCUCUGUAUUAAGAAUAUAGUGUUUUAUUAUUAUUUGAAUUGUUAUAGUUACGUCUACCUCAGCACCUGUUCUUAGCCUAAUCUUAGAAGGUGCCCAAUUAUAAUUUUUUUCUUCUUUUUUGUCAUUUGUAUAAACUUAAUUUGCAUUAGAGCUUUUUUUUAUUUUUAUUUUAUUAUUAUUUUUUUUUUGCAAGGUCCUUUGUCUUUUCCGGCACAGAAGCGAUGUGUGGGGUUUUGCAGCGCUGCUCUUACUGUACCAGGGCUGCAAAUUCCAGCAUCAGAUUCUCGGUUUUGAUUUAGAAUUUUUUUUUUUCCCUUUUUCAGUGUAGGAUCAGACACAUCUCUUUGUAACAUUUCAGUGUUCUCUGAUGGAGUGUGAAAAAAAAUAAAUAAAAGAGAUUUAAUGCUGCAGGUUUUCUUCUCCAUGUUGUCACUAAGUGAAGUUUGUGCCUUCAAUAGCGGAAAAAAUAUUUUUUACAUCCUACUAACAGUAGAUUGUUUUGUAGUGAACAUUUUUUUUUUUGUAUUUUUAUUUAUAAGUCUCAUAAGAAAAUAACAAUGUUCAGUUGUAUACCUGAAAUCUGCAGUUAGAAAAAAAAUAAAAAAUGAACUCCA